AGUUAAUAGACCAAUCAGAAGAGAUGUUUCAAAUGAGUUUGACUUGGUUACCUUGGUGAAGAACGGUGCGUCAAAAUGGUUGCCUGUUUUGUAAAGAAUAAUUUUUAAUGUCUUUUUAGUGCUUUCCAUAAUAAAUAAACGAAAAUGACAGAUAUUUUAUGCGGAUGGCUCAAUGAUGAGCUUACUUUAUCCCAAAAAGUUGAGCAAGCAACAUUUUCUCGAGAUUUUGCUUCUGGGUUCUUAAUUGGUGAAGUAUUACAGAAAAAUGGUUUACAGGAUGAUUUUGAUCAGUUUUCCCAGAGCAAAACAUCUGACUCUAAGCUCAACAAUUUUACAAGAAUUGAGCCAGUUUUACACCUCCUUGGUAUUCCAUUUGAUACAAAUGUGGCCAGAGAUAUCAUGACAGAGAAGCAUGGUACUGCUACAAGAUUGAUGUACCAGCUAUAUAUAGCUUUACAAAACAAGAAGAAGGCUAAUCUGACUGGUGUUGCAAUGGAAACUAUGAGACCAGCUGCUCCUGCUAAACUGAAUGCAGUUGAGAGUGGUAUAUAUAAAGAGAGACUGAAACAUGCUACACCUAGGCAGACAGAUUUGAAUCUGAAUGAGGUCAUUACAAGGUUUCAUGAUAAACAAAUUGAAAUGGAAAAAACAGCAUUUAAAGAAAGGUUUUUGGAACAAGAGCGGAUAAGGGAACAACAACAAGAUCAUAGACAGAAAUUACUAGAGAGGUCAAAGUUCAUGAGAGAUAAACAAAGUGAAAUAGUUGCCAAGAUACAAGCUGCAACUGUCCAUAUACCAAAACCACCACCACAGACUACAGCAAAAGCCAUACAGAGAAAGAGAGAUAUCAAGAAAAAGAGAGAGGCAGAGGAAACCGUUGAUGCAAUUUCACAAUUUGAAGAUAAAAUGAAAAUGAUUUUACCGCAAACAGAAGACAGUGAUGACAUUGAUAUGAAGUACAUAAUGUCCAGAGGGGAUGAGGAAAAUAUGAUGGACCAAGUAGAACUAAUCAAACCUGCUUCAAAUGAUGAUUAUAUUGGUAAGAUAAGAAAGAGACUUCAAGAGGAUGCAUCAGCUCGUGCAGAAAGAGAAAAACGGAGGAGAAAAGUGUUAGUUGAUCAGAUGAAAGCUCAUGCAGGGCAAGAGGACGCUAGACGAGAGGAGAUGUUAGUUAAUAGACUGAUGAGACAAUCACAACAAGAACGAAGAAUAGCCGUACAAUUACUGCAGGCAAGGCAUGAAAAAGAAGUUAUCAAGAAGAAUAGGAUUACAAGAGAACUACAAUAUGAACAAGCUAGACUGAAAGAUUUUGAAAAUGCACUAAACAGAGAGGCUGAACUAGCCAGAUUAGCUAAAGAGGAAUAUGCAGAACAGACCCAGAAGGACCAAGAAUUACAUGAUAAGAUUGCAGCCGAGAGGGCUGAAGAUAGAUACCAUAAACACUAUGAGAUGUGUGAUGAAGUUGUCAAUCAAAUCUGUGACUUCUCAUGUAAAGUAGCAGAAUACAGAGAACUUACUAAUCAAUUAUUGCCUCCAAAGUUGAUGAGAGAUUGGAAAGUUCUGUUUACUGAAGGUAAACCCUUAUUUGAACCACCACAACCUAUUGAGAGUACAGAACCUACACCAGAACAAAUCUUAGAACAAGAAAGACAGAACUUACUCGAUGAAACAGAUUUUAUGGAAUAUAAGAAUAUGGUUGGAGAAUGGCAGCCUCCAGAAGGAGGAGAAAUCAGCAAACCUCCCAGAGAUAAUCCUAUUGUAGGACACAUUAUACAGAGGCUGUUCAACAUGGUUCACCCACCAACACCUCCUCCACCACCGCCAGAGUUCCCUCCCUUCCCAAUCAGAGCAUGUAUAUUGGGCAAGGUAUUUAGUGGAAAGUCAUCUGUACUCAAGAAAUUAACACAAGAAAGAAGAGUUGAAAUUUUAUGUGUGGAUGAUUUAGUAAAUGGUGCGUUAGAAGCACACAAAAAUGGAGAAACAAUGCCACAGAUUGAGCCAGAAGCAACAAUAGAACCAGUUCCAGCUGUUGAAACAGUUGAUGAUACAACAGUAACCACCACAGAUCCUGUUCCUGCUCCAGAGACAGCUCCUGUCGCUACUACAGAAGAGGGAGAACAAAAACAGGAGACAAAGAAGACAAAGAAAGGAAAAGAUCCAUCCAAACCAGCUCAGAAAGAUUCUGAACCAGAGCCAACCCCUAAAGCCAAGCUAGGUGCCAAAGCUCAAAAGUACCUGAAAAGAGGUGCCCCAAUUGAUGACCAGGUUAUUGUAGAUAUAAUUGUUGAGGCUAUUAGAAAUAUACCAGAGGGAACAGGUUGGAUUUUAGAUGGUUUCCCAUCUAAUUAUAACCAAGCUAAAGUAUUGGAGAAAGCUCUUACAGGAUUUGGUGCUGCAGACAGCAAGGACAAACAAAAAUCAAAGAAAUCUAAUUUAGUCCCUGACCCCAGACCAGCACCACCACCUGCAGACCCAGCCAGUGGAAUAGAUGUUGUCAUUAAGUUUGAAAUUAGUGAUGAACUCUGUCUCAAAAGAGCUGCAGGACGUUACCACACUGUACAAGGGGAUGAAGAAUUUCAUCAGGAAUUUAAGCCUCCACCAGAUGGCAGUGCUACAGGUGUAGGCAAACAGGAACAAGUUAUACCUGUUGCUGACCAGGCUCAUGACCAAGAACAGAUUCAACAUAGAAUAACAGGAUUUUUAGAUGCAUGGCCAAAAUUAGAAAAAUGGUAUGCUAAGUUUGGUACACUCAAAGUGGUUGAUGCAACACAAGAAGAAAAGACUGUAUACCUGGAAGUUGAUAGAGUUCUUGAGGAUACACUUGAUAAGCUUCUAGGUAGAAAUCAACCAGAAAUUUCAGAAACGGCUGAUAUUCCACCAGUGGAAGAAAAGAAAGAAGUUCCACCACCUGAACCAGAAACCCCAAAAGAAGAACCUGAAGUCAAGUCGAGAUCACCAUCAGGUUCAAGAAAAGGUUCUGGAAAGAAAGGGUCAAGGCCAGGAUCCUCUCGAAGUAAAUCACCAAAGGAUAAGGACAAGAAAAGAGACAAAUCUGGUUCCCCUAAACGAGGAAGUGGAAAGAAAUCUGAUACAGGAAGUGCCAAAAAAAGUAGUAGGAUGGGUUCACCGAAAGGCAAGAAAGGAUCUGGUAAGAAGAAGACUCCUGAACCUGAGCCAGAACCUGAACCACAAGAACCCACAGGACCACCUCCACCAGAACCAGGUUCAGAAGAAUGGAGUUUUGUUGAUCUACCUUUGCAAGAGACACUGGCAGAAAUACUUUCAAAGUAUUGGGAAGAUAUUGAAAAAGAAUAUGUGACUAACAGUAAAUAUGUAUUUAGAAAAGUACGAGAUGAGAGAGAAAAUAUUUAUAGAUACUUUUAUCAAAUCAGGAAAGAUUACAUGGCAUAUCUUAGAAGACCAGAUAACAAACAAGUCUACAUAUCCCAGUGGCAAAAGGAGUACAAUGAGAUACCAGAUGACAUGAGAGAAGAUGAAGAAACAAAGGCAGAACUACAUCAACGUGUGGAUGAUUUAACGGAGGCUCUGUGGAGUAUAUCAGACGAAAGGAAAGUUCAAGCAGAGAAUGAAAGACAGAAUAUAGUCAAUGAUGGCUGGUUAGACGAUAGACUUGGUGUUCUUAGUAACUUCUAUAUCACAACAAUGCAGGCUGAAGUAGAUAGAUACCAGGACACAGUCCGUUUAAUGAAGGAUUAUUACAGAGGCAUGGAUGGUCAGAUACCUGAUGAACUUAAUGCUACUUAUGCAAGAUUACCACUAAUUGAGCUUCCUGUGGAAAGACCACCACCACCAGAAAUACCAGCUAGUGAAACUGGAUCUGCUCCUCCCUCAAGACCAAAAUCUGGAGAAAGCAGUAGGUCACAAUCUCCUAAAUCUCCAAAAGGAAGUAGGUCAUCAUCUGCUAAAAAGAGGUCACAGUCACCUAAAGAAAGAAAAUCUAGGACACCAUCUGCUAAAAAGAGGGAUAAGAGUAAAGAAAAGAAACCUGUGGAGGAACAGCCUAUAGCUGAAGAAGGAGAUAAGAAAAGAAUUCCACUGGUUCCUCGUCGACCAGUCUCUCCUGAUGCUGAUGCUAAGGCUGGUGCUGCAGCUGCUGCCAGUAAAAAGGACAAAAAAGGUGGAAAGAAGGAUGAUGCUGGCGCAGCCGAGAGUCCUCAACCUCCAAUGGAUCCAGAUGAGAGAUUGAUAUUUGAUGCUUUUCAGACUGCCACUGGCACACUUAGUAGCAUUUUACAAAAUGAGCAAGCUGCUAGAGAGCAAGAAGAAGAGGCAGAGAGAAAAAGAGAAGAAGAGAGAGAAAGAGAAAAGGCAGCAGCUACUGCUGCAGCAACCAAAAAAGGUGGUAAAGCAGACAAGGGGAAAAAGGGGAAAAGUAGAAGUCCAUCUCCAAAGAAGAAGAAAGAAGGGGAAGCUACUCCAACACCAGUGUCAGAAUCAGAAAGUGAAGAAGAUAGAGAAAAGAAAGAGAAGAAAAAUAGAAUGAAAGAAGAGUAUUACUUUGCCAUACAAGAAGAAGAAACUGCCUGUAAGACAAGACUAGAGUUGAUUAAACUUCAUGCCUGUGGUGUAUUACAAGACUUAAAGAACAAAGCAGACAAUGCUUAUAAAGAUAUGAAUGAUUGGUUAGGUGCUAGAUUCCUUAAAGAAAAUGAAAGUGUUGACCAUAUGUCAGAAGUUAUGAGGAAUGCUGUUGAAGAAAAGAAACCAUUGAAACAAGAAUUAGUGAUAAAACAAGAAGACUUCUUACUUAAUGAUGAUUUGAAGGUUUUGAAGACCCCAUGUCCAGCAACUCCGCCCCCACUUGAGGAGGAACCAAAAGCUGACAUGUUUACAGUCAAACAACUUUAUCAACUAUUUAAGCAGUUCCAAGAAACAGCCCCAACUGGAGUGUUAUCUAAACAGUCAUUUAUUGAAACAUUUGAGACCAUGGUGGGUGUGGCCUUUGGAAUGGAACAACUUCCUGAUCAUUGGAUGAAUAUAAAUCCAGUACAGGUACAAGAAUUGGCCAAUGCUUUAUCAUCAGAUGGAGAGUAUGUAGAUUGGAGAAGAUGUUUGUUAUCUAUCUCACUUCCAAUACCAAUACCUACACAAUCUGAUUUACUGGCUACUCUACAGAAAUUUAAAGAAAUGGACCAAAAGUCUACAGGAUUUGUUACCAGGGAACAGUAUGAUAGGAUGGAUCUUUGGUUUGGCUCUAUGGCUGAUGGAACAGGAUUUAAUAGACUGGUUCAUUUGAAAGCUGAAUUAUUUGAUUUCUUUGCUGACCAUACCAAAACUCCAGUUGUUAUGGAUUACAUUAGUAUGCUGAUGUACUUUAGUGCACAUUCAUAUUCACAUGAAGGUUUCUUAAGAGCUUUGUCAGUAUCCUGUGGUCACCAUAUGCCUAGGCUUGGAAAAUUAGAUCCAAGACCUCCCAGUGUUUCAGAAAGUAAUUUAGACAGUUUAGAUGACCCCUCACCACCUCCAGCAGCAGACGACAUACCAGUAGAUGCAGUUGAUGCCCAGGUUCCACUGGAUUCCCUGUACAGAGUUCUACAUCAUGGCGAAAGUGCUAAGGGAGACAGUCAUAGAUUUAGUGUGUCUGCAGAUCCAGAAGAUGCUACAUCAAGGGAGAAACUCGCAGGAGUAUAUCAAGAACUUGGUAGUGAAGAAACAGAAUCACUUCCUUGGAAAAUACUAGUAGAACAUCCAUUGAUUCAGGAUAUUGUACAAGCAUGCCAUACAUUUAAAUCAGUUGAUGUGAAAGCAAUAUUGAACAGUCCAAAUGCAGAAAUGGAUUUACACAGUACAAAGACACUUGACUAAUUUAUAAAUAGAUUCUUAAAUGGACACAACUGCAUUUACAGAUCUGAUUUCAAUAAUUCCUUUAAAAAAAUAACUGUGAUAUUUUUGUGUUAACAUUAUUUUGUAAACAUUCCGUCCUAUGAUAUUUUUUACCAAACUAUCUGUAUAAGUAUCAAAAGAAUAUGCUGUGGACUUUUAUACAAUAUAUUAUAAUUUUUAUCAAAGCAAUUUGUUUUUUACGGAAUAUUUAUUUUAUGUUUUAAUUAAAUUAUUUGGAACUGA